CAAUCAGCAACUUGCAGUUGCUUCUACAGUACAUUUGACCGCCAAAUCCAAGCUCUUUCGACCUCCCCCACAUACUUUUCAUCUCUUCUCAUCAUGGCACCCGCAAUCGAGGAUGCUGGCCGGAUAGAAGAGGCCCAGAAGAUUGCAAAGACAGAGCCGGCCAAGGCGGAAUCCAUCUACAAAGAGGUCCUAGCUAAAGGCCCCGGAGCAAGCGAUGCGGCAUCAUGCCGUUUUGAGGCUGCCCUAAUGGGCCUGGGAGAGCUGUAUCGGGAUGCCCAAAAACCUCACGAGCUCGCAGAGCUUGUCAAGACCAACUGUUCUGUGUUAUCAUCGUUUGCCAAGGCAAAGACUGCAAAGCUUGUGCGGCAACUCCUUGACCUCUUCUCCUCCAUCCCCAACACCGUCGAGAUCCAGAUCGCCGUGACAAAGAGUUGUAUCGAAUGGGCGAUAUCCGAACGACGAGGAUUCCUACGACAGAACCUGGAGACCCGACUAGUGGCAUUGUACAUGGAGAAGCAAUCCUACUACGAUGCCCUAACGCUCAUCAACGGACUAUUGCGCGAGCUGAAGCGGCUGGACGACAAGCUCGUGCUGGUCGAAGUACAGCUCCUCGAAUCCCGCGUGUACCACGCCCUGGGCAAUCUACCCAAGGGUAGAGCGGCGCUUACUUCUGCGCGGACAUCAGCUGCAUCCGUGUACUGCCCACCGCUGUUGCAAGCUGGGCUGGACAUGCAGUCUGGCAUGCUCCACGCCGAGGACAAGGACUUCAACACUGCAUUCUCGUACUUUAUCGAAGCGCUCGAGGGCUACCACGCGCAAGACGAGCGGCAAAAGGCCCAAGCCGCUCUGCAGUACAUGCUGCUCUGCAAAAUCAUGCUGAACCUCGGCGACGACGUGAACCAGAUCAUGACGUCGAAGCAAGCAUUGCGGUACGCGGGCAAGAAUCUCGAAGCUAUGAAGGCCGUGGCCCGCGCCCAUUCGAACCGCAGCUUGGAGGAGUACGAGCGCGCCCUGUCCGACUACCGCUACGAGCUCGGCAGCGACACUUUUAUCUGCAAUCACCUUCGACGACUGUACGAUGCCAUGCUCGAACAGAACCUCAUCAAGGUCAUCGAGCCCUUUAGCCGCGUCGAAAUCGAUCAUAUUGCCAAAAUGGUCGGCCUCGAUACCCAGCAGGUCGAACGCAAAUUGUCCCAGAUGAUUCUCGACAAGGUCAUUAUCGGCGUCCUCGACCAAGGGUCCGGCUGCCUCAUCAUCUUUGACGAAAGCGAGCGCGACCAAGGCUACGACGCCGCGCUCGAGACGAUUGAGAAGCUGAGCAAUGUCGUUGACGUGCUGUACACGAACCAGGCGUCUUUGCUAGAAUAAGCCUGUCCCUUCUCUUUUCGUAUGUUUUCUUCUUCUAAUUUCUUCGUCCUCUAUUUAUGAUAGGGUCUGGACCGUUCGAGAGAGACUUGGUAUCUUUCUCUUGUUUGAGCAAGCCAUUUAAAUAUGAUUUUCGUUUUCUCUACGUUGGCGCAAAUAUAUGAAAUGCAUCAUCACCAUCAUCAUUGUCAUCAUCAUCACGUUGUAUCAUAGGAUACAUUUUUAUCACCUUUCUUCCAAUGACACGAUUAACAUGUGCUCGAUAUUGAUUACGACGUAUUCGCAUUCACAAAAACGGCUCGAAACAAUGUGAACACAAGUUAAUGGCGAAUACUGCAAGAGCAUAAAAGUCCAUAGAAACGCUGAUUAAUAUUAAGUCCAACAUAAGACUCUUGCUAAACUUGAAAAAAAAAGAG